AUGGUCUCUCAAGAGGAGCCUCAUAUUGCCAUUCUAGUCCUUGAUACGCCAGUACCAGGGGUAGCUUCGAAACAUGGUGAUUUUGGUGAUAAUACAAUAUCCCUUUUGACAAAUUCAUUUAACCAGAUUUAUCCAUUUCACAAAUACCAACUCAAGCCAGCAGAAAACGAAGAUCCCAAGGUUUUGGAAAAUACAUAUGCCCAAUUGUUGUCAAACAUCAGUAACCAUUUGAUUAGAGGGUUUGUUUUGACCGGCUCGACUAGUGAUGCUUUUGAAUCUUAUCCCUGGUUACUUCAGUUUAAAAAAUUUUUGAAAAAUACUAUAUUGAAGUUGGCCUGGCCCGUGGUGGGUUUAUGUUUUGGGCACCAGGUUAUUGCAAAUGUGCUUGGCUGCAAAGUUGAUCGAAAUAGCAACGGGUGGGAAGUGGGAACAACAACUAUUGAAUUGAAUGACGAAAUCUACAAAAUCAAAGACUCGCCUUUUUUGGAAUUGAGCCGUAAGAAAACGGUUGAAGUAAAGAAUGAAUUGGGUCAAGAAAAAGGUGAAAUAGAAGAGACUUUGUUGUAUCAGCAUUUGAAUAUGGUUGAGUUUCAUCGUGACGUGGUAUAUGGAGGAGUACCCCCGGGAUUUAUCAAUUUCGGAUCCACUGCUAAAUGUUCAAUACAAGGUAUGAUUAGCGUUGAAAAUAACAAUUCAGACGGAAUCAAAAGUUGUAACGUUUUGACAUUUCAAGGACAUCCAGAGUUUACAACUGCCAUUGCAUUAGACUUGUUGGCUUUUAAGUAUCAACGAAAGUUGUUGACCGAGCUUGAAUAUGAAAAGGCAAAGUACCAUACUAGUACUUUGAAUAAUCAAGGAGAUUUAAUAGGAAAAGUGAUUUGUAAAUUUUUACUUCAAGCAACGGUAACGAACUUGAAUAACAAUUAG